GCGGCUCUUGGAGGCCCCGGGCCCGGCCCGGUGGCGGCGGCGGCAACUGUAGCUCGAGGCCUCGGCGGCGCCCGUGCGCCGCGCCGCAACCAUGGCCCUGGUGACCCUGCAGCGCUCGCCCACGCCCAGCGCCGCGUCCUCCUCGGCCAGCAACAGCGAGCUGGAGGCUGGCAGCGACGAGGAUCGAAAGUUAAACCUCAGCCUGAGCGAGAGCUUCUUCAUGGUGAAAGGAGCAGCCCUCUUCUUGCAGCAGGGAUGUAGCCCUCAGGGCCAUCGGAGUCUUCAGCACCCUCACAGGCAUGCAGGUGACCUGCCCCAACACCUGCAGGUGAUGAUCAACCUCCUGCGCUGUGAAGACAGAAUCAAGCUGGCUGUGCGCCUGGAGAGCGCCUGGACGGACCGCGUCCGCUAUAUGGUUGUGGUGUACAGCAGUGGGCGCCAGGACACUGAGGAGAACAUCUUGCUGGGAGUCGACUUCUCCAGUAAGGAAAGUAAAAGCUGCACCAUUGGCAUGGUUCUCCGGCUGUGGAGUGACACGAAGAUCCACCUUGAUGGAGACGGGGGGUUCAGCGUGAGCACAGCAGGAAGAAUGCACAUAUUUAAGCCUGUAUCUGUCCAGGCCAUGUGGUCUGCCCUUCAAGUGCUUCACAAGGCCUGUGAGGUGGCACGGAGGCACAACUACUUCCCUGGGGGCGUGGCUCUCAUCUGGGCCACCUACUACGAGAGCUGCAUCUGUUCAGAGCAGAGUUGCAUCAACGAGUGGAACGCCAUGCAGGACCUGGAGUCCACGCGGCCCGACUCCCCGGCCCUGUUUGUCGACAAGCCGACUGAAGGGGAAAGAACUGAGCGUCUCAUCAAAGCCAAACUCCGAAGCAUCAUGAUGACCCAGGAUCUUGAAAAUGUGACUUCCAAAGAAAUCCGUAAUGAAUUGGAGAAACAGAUGAACUGUAACUUGAAAGAAUUCAAGGAAUUCAUCGACAAUGAGAUGCUCCUUAUCUUGGGACAGAUGGACAAGCCUUCUCUUAUCUUUGAUCAUCUUUAUCUAGGCUCUGAAUGGAAUGCGUCCAAUCUGGAGGAACUGCAGGGCUCAGGGGUAGACUACAUUUUAAAUGUCACCAGAGAAAUAGACAACUUCUUUCCGGGCUUGUUUGCGUAUCAUAACAUCCGAGUCUAUGACGAGGAGACCACAGACCUUCUUGCCCACUGGAAUGAAGCAUAUCAUUUUAUAAACAAAGCAAAAAGGAACCAUUCCAAAUGCCUGGUCCACUGCAAAAUGGGCGUCAGCCGAUCUGCAUCCACGGUCAUAGCCUACGCAAUGAAGGAAUUUGGCUGGCCACUGGAGAAAGCGUACAACUACGUGAAGCAGAAGCGGAGCAUCGCACGGCCCAACGCCGGCUUCAUGAGGCAGCUGUCUGAGUAUGAAGGCAUCUUGGAUGCUAGCAAACAGCGGCACAACAAGUUGUGGCGCCAGCAGACAGACAGCAGCCUCCAGCAGCCUGUGGAAGACCCUGCAGAGUCCAGCAACUUCUUGCCAGAGAGUCUGGAUGAUGCCCCGGACACCCAGCCGCGCUGUUUGGAUGAUACUACCCGGCCUGGACUCCCAGGAAGUCAGGCUCCAGGAGGACCCUCUCUCUCCUGCUGGUUCCGGAGACUCUCAGACCCCCUCACUGGCCCCCAUGAGGACCCGGACAGCUUGGUCCACCUAGAGGAUCUUGAGAGGGACGCCCUGCUGGAGGAAGCAACUCAGCCAGUGGAUGCACCCAAGCUGGCCCGACAUCCCCAGGAAGGUGCUGGACUCUGUGAGAAGGACACAAAAAAGAAACUAGAGUUUGGGAGCCCCAAAGCCCAGAGUGACUCCUUGCUCCAGGUGGAGGAGAUGGACCGAGAAGAGGUCCUGAGAGCGGGGAGGUGGGGACGGCCCGCUGCUCAGCUUAAUAAAAGUCUGCUCAACCAGGAGAACCUAAAUAAUAACAACAGCAAGAGGAGCUGUCCUGACGACUUUGAGCACGAUGCUAUGUUUGGGAUCCUUAACAAAGUGAAGCCUUCCUACAAAUCUUGUGCCGACUGCAUGUACCCUGCAGCCAGUAGGGUUCCUGAGGCCUUCCGGGAACGAUGUGAGGACCCAAGCACUCCUGCCAUCUGCACCCAGCCAGCCUUCCUGCCCCAUGUCACGUCUUCCCCUAUGGCUCAUGCGUCCAGCAGGUCCCGAGCUCUGGAGAAGCCAGCCUCUGGCCCAGGUGACACUCCCCCAUUCCUACCACCAGCAGGUUCCAGGCCAGAUAGCAGCAGCUCGGGGGCUGCCCCAGGGCUGCUGGCUGGCCUUCCAGCACCUUCUGGAGAGACCCCAAAAGUCCUGCCAGAAUCCCUCCUGCUGAAGAAUUUGCACUGUGAUAAGAGCCCUCCCAACGUGGAAGCUGUGAAGGAAGAGUCGCCCCCCAAGAAAGACCCAAAGCCAGCGAAGGACCUGAGGCUCCUGUUCAGUAAUGAACCUGAGAAACCAGCAACCAGCAGCUACUUGAUGCAGCACCAGGAGUCCAUCAUUCAGCUGCAGAAGGCAGGCCUGGUGCGUAAGCACACCAAAGAGCUAGAGAGGCUGAAGAGUCUGCCCUUGGACACAGUGGCUGGCUGCAGGGACGGCUCCACUGGCAGAGUAGAAGCCGGCGUCCCCGAGGAGGACCAGGAGCCAACUGCACUACCUGGCCUUGCAGAGAGCGAGGAGAAGCCGGAGGCCGUCCCCGCAGCACUGGAAGGAGCCUCACUGAAGAGCCUCCCUUCCUUCCUCUGCCGCCUGGAUCACACCAGUAACUUCUCAAAAGACUUCCUGAAGACCAUCUGCUACACCCCUACCUCCUCCUCCAUGAGCUCCAACCUUACCCGGAGCUCCAGCAGCGACAGCAUCCACAGCGUCCGGGGGAAGCCAGGGCUGGUAAAACAGCGGACACAGGAGAUUGAGGCCCGGCUGCGCCUGGCAGGCCUCACGGUCUCAUCCCCGCUGAAGCGCUCCCACUCUCUUGCCAAACUUGGAAGUCUCAACUUCUCCACCGAAGACCUGUCCAGCGAGGCCGAUGCAUCCACCAUCGCUGACUCACAGGAUGCCAAGGGGAGCGAGUCUUCCUUCUUGCACGAAGCCCAGGCCACUCUGAGGAACCCAGCUGUAACCGCCAAACCAUCAGGGAAAUCUGCCCCAGAAAACUUGAAAAAGCCUGUGCAGAUGAGCAAAAGCUGACCCGCCCUUCACUGCCUUGGGACUUCUGUUCUCAUAUGAUCUCCUCCCUUAGUCUCCUUGCAGAUUCUGAUCCACUCCUUACAUCUUGACUUGUCUUAACCGAAGUCAUCCACGCUCCCCCUACUCUUGCCAUAAAGGGGAGGAGAAGACACAAAAAUAACUUACAGCACAAGAAGGGAGAUGCAGGUGAGUGGUCUAGAGAUCCUGAGGCUGUCAGCCAGGAGACAGAGAACUCUGAUCCUCAAGUCCUGUCUUUGAGAAGAACCUUGUUUUAAAAGACAUGUUCAGAUAUGCACACACAUGUGCAGAUACGCACACCCAUCCCAGAUGCUCCAUUUGCAACAAAUAAAAGAAGAGAUGUACGUCAUCACCACAGCCUGCGUUCCCAGCUCAUUGCAGCCCUUGUGGGAAACUUGGGUGGCAACAUAAGUCCUACCUCUGUUCUUGCUGGGCUUUUUGUUUUUAAAAAAUGAUGAUGACCAAGGCUCAUUCCAGGGAAGAAUCAUGCUGGGUCUGAAAAGAUUUUUCCAAGAGUUUUUUGUUUUUUAUUGCUGGGACCUCAGAAGUGUCAAGACUUUUUCAUCUAUCGCACCAUGCACUACUAGGUAAAACUGUCAACGCCAUCCAGCUGUGUUGAACUUGCUUAGCAGAGUGGCAGUUGGCUGUGGUCAAAGGGCUCUAUCCUGGUUCUAUGUGUGCAGCUGGUGGAGGAUGUUCAGGUGUGUGAUGUUCUCAGUUGUUAUUAGUGGUAAAGCAUCUAUCACCUCCAGUCAGAGGAGAAAGGACCCCAAGCACUGUUGAGCUGCAUUCACUGCUGAACAAGAUGUGGUUGUUUAGGUUUCAGAAGCACUCGAGCAUCCCGCAGGGUUGGUUAGCCUGGGAUGUGUUCUGCUAGGAGCCCUGGACCACAGGCUCAUCAGGUUCCAUCGAUUCAUGGUGGGAGAGAAAAGGGAUUUCAGCAAUAAAAAACGCUAUGGAUCCCUUUCCCAGAGCCACCCUGUAGCAACUUCUCUGAAAAGCUUCGCAGAUUUUAUGGUUUUCCCUUCCCGACAGGAGACUACUGCUUCCUGUUUCUCCAGCUCUCCCCAGCAGAAGUGAUGAAUGAAUGGGCUGGGGUCUGAGCUUCAGCUCUGGGUAGCACCUUAAAAAAUAUCAGGCAAGCUUGGUGUAGAAGGCAGCCUUGGGCUGUGGGAUCAGAUCAAGGGUGUCUGUCAGCAAGACAGAAUGCUAAGAUAUUUUGAAGAGACAAAGCAGCCUAGUAGAAAAACAGAAGAGCUUAAGUCAGGGUUCAUCUAACUAUGGUAUAUAGCCCUCAUGGGCUGAGAAAGGUUUUACACUUUUAAGGAAUUAUUUAAAAAUAAGCCAGGCAUGGUGGUGUAUGCCUAUAAUCCCAGCACUUGGGAGAUAGAGGCAGGAGGAUUCCAUGUUUGAGGCCAGCCUGGGCUCCAUAGUGAGACCUUGUCUCAAAAAAACCAAAACUGAGAAACAAUUAAAAUAAUACUUGACAGAGAACAUGUGGCCCACAAAGCCUUAGAUAUUUCCUGCCUUCUCUAGACAUUUGCUAACCCUGGUGUUUUGAUGACACAAGGCUGCCUAUGGCCCCACAGGAGGAAGUGGCACAAUUGAAGGCCUCCUCUGCCUCAAGCAAAACCCUGUGAAUCCCUCCAAAACCACGGCAGGCCUUGCUGACCCUCCAUGCUUGUCUCUUGCUCAGGAUGGAGUCACUGCGCAUGUGGGGGAACACAGAAGCUUGUCCACACUCCAUCCCACACUCAGCCGGGUCAGCCAGAGUGCCUCGAUGACACCAGAAAGCCUUCAAGGGCCAGCCACAUUCAGGAAGCAGGUGACUGCAGCCCCCAAAGGACCUCUUCUGAUGAGCUCCAGGGCAGAAUUUGCAAGAACAAAGCUAGCUCUCAUUUCCACCAGUGGGAGAAGUUUCGCAAACUCCCUCUCUUCAGGAACUUUUUCUUCCUGGGAUGAGUUUUUGAAAAAUAUAUGUUAUUUCAUAGGGAUUUGUUUCCCACUAGUGUCAAU